AUGCCUCACAGUCAGAAGAAUCAGUGCUGCAAGCUUGCACCAGGCCUUCAGGCCCAAAGAGAGGCUCAGGGCCUGGUAGGUGCACAGGUUCCUGUAGCUGAGGAGGAGGAGGCCGCUUCCUCCUCUCUCUCUUUGAUCCAGCGCACCCCAGAGGUGGCGCCUGCUACUGGAACACCAAGUGUUCCUCCGAGUUCUCAGAGAGCCUGCUCCUCCUUCACUGCCAUCAAAGCCACUCCAUGGAGCAAAUCAAAUGAGGGCUCCAGCAGCCAAAAAGAGGGUCCAAGCACCUCGCAGUCUCUAAUAGAUCCUGAGGCCUUGCUCAAUGAUGAGCUAAACAGGAAGGUGGCUGAAUUGGUGAAGUUCCUGAGUGUCAAGUAUCGCACAAAGGAACCCAUCACAAAGGCAGAAAUGCUGAAGAGUAUCCUCAAAGAUCACCAGGACCACAUCCCUGUGAUCUUCAGGAAAGCCUGUGAGUGCAUGGAGGUUGUCUUUGGCAUCGAAGUGAAGGAAGUGGACCCCACCAGCCAGUCCUAUGUGCUCGUCAAAACACUAGACCUCACCUACGAUGGGAUGCUGAGUGAUGAUCAGGGCAUGCCCAAGACCGGCCUCCUGAUACUUAUCCUGGGUGUGAUCUUCAUAGAAGGCAACCGUGUCCCUGAGAAGAGGGUCUGGGAGGUGCUGAAUAUGAUUGGGGUGUAUGCUGGGAGGAAAGAUUUCAUCUAUGGGGAGCCCAGGAAGCUCAUCACCAAAGAUUUAGUGCAGGAAAAGUACCUGGAGUACUGGCAGGUGCCCAACAGCGAUCCUCCACACUACGAGUUCCUGUGGGGUCCCAGGGCCCACGCUGAAACCAGCAAGAUGAAAGUCCUGGAGUUUUUCGCCAAGGUCAAUGGGGCUGACCCCACAUCCUUCCCAUCCUGGUAUGAGGAAUCUUUGCGAGAUGAGAAAGAGAGAGCCCAGGCCAAAGUCAUCACCACUGAUGGCACUACUGCUGUUGCCAGUGAGAGUUCCAGUGUCACCUCCAGUGGCUUCUCCUGCCCUGAGUGA